GGAAGUUCCGGCCAGGGCCUCAUCUUUCUUCAUAACAAAGAAAGUGGCAGAAUUGUGCAGUAGAGACGAUUACUUUUGUCUCCUUUUCAAAUGGAUUGAUACAGGCCGACUCAGAUUAAGUCUGAGGCUGGUAACAUCAACAGUGAGGACAAACCCAGCCUGCCUCUCUCCUUCCACACUGAGUCCAAACCUAAAACCUACAGACACUGGGUCCUAAUUGUGACAGUGAGCCCAGUUUGCACUGCAGGAUCCAGAGAUGGCAUCAGUGAAGUUGGAAGACUGCAGUCAAACACUGGAGCUGAAUGUCAACAUCAAAGAUGAAGAAGAGAAGAUUGGGAAAUCUGUUUCUCACGGUCACCUUGAGACAACCUCUACAUCCAGAGAGCAGAAGCAGGAAGAUCACAGAGCUAAGAGGUUUCACCACUGCCCACAUUGUGAGGAGAUUUUCCCAUAUCAAUCAAAGCUAAAAAUACACCUAAAAAAACACACAGGAGAGAAUCUAUAUUCCUGUACUGACUGUGAGAAAAGAUUCACAACAUCACAUUCUCUGACAGUUCAUCAGAGAGUGCACACAGGUGAGAAGCCUUACUCCUGCUCUGCCUGUGGGGGGAGAUUCUCUCGACGGAGCCACUUAAAGAGACACCAACAUAUACACACAGGACAGAAGCCUUACUCUUGCUCUGACUGUGGAAAAUGCUUCGCAACAUCAUCUGACCUAACAGUUCACCAGAGAACACACACAGGAGAGAAGCCUUUUUCUUGCUCUGACUGUGGGGGGAGAUUCUCUCAACUGAGCAGUUUAAAAAAACACCAACAUAUACACACAGGAGAGAAGCCUUACUUCUGCUCUGACUGUGGGAAAAGUUUCUCCCUAUUGGAUACCUUAAAAGCACAUGCACGUAUACACACAGGAGAGAAGCCUUACUCUUGCUCUGACUGUGGGAAGAGGUUCUCUCAACGGAGCAACUUAAAAAUACACCAACGUUUACAUACAGGAGAAAAGCCUUAUUCCUGUUCGGACUGUGAAAAGAGUUUCUCCCAAUUGGAUAAGUUAAAUAGUCACCAGCGAAUACAUACAGGGGAGAAGCCUUACUUCUGCUCUGACUGUGGGACUUGUUUCAGCCAAAUUGAUACGUUAAAAUGUCACCAGCGAAUACAUACAGGAGAGAAGCCUUACUCUUGCUCUGACUGUGGGCAGAGUUUCUCUCAACACAGCAGCUUAAAGAAACACCAACGUAUACACACAGGAGAGAAGCCAUACUCCUGCUCUGAAUGUGGGACGAGUUUCUCUCUACAGGACAGCUUGAAAUCACACCAACGUAUACACACAGGAGAGAAGCCUUACUUCUGCUCUGACUGUGGAAAGAAUUUCUCUCGACACAGCAGCUUAAAGAAACACCAGCGUAUACACACAGGAGAGAAGCCUUACAUCUGCUUUGAAUGUGGGAAGAGUUUUACAACAUCAAGUGCUCUGACAGUUCAUCAGAGAGUGCACACAGGAGAGAAGCCAUACUCCUGCUCUGACUGCGGGGGAAGUUACUCUCGACUUGGAAACUUAGAAACACACCAUCGUACACAUACAGGAGAGAAGCCUUACUCUUGUUCUGACUGUGGUAAAUGCUUCACAACAUCAAGUGCUCUGACUGUUCAUCAGAAAACACACACAGGAGAGAAGCACACCAACAGAUACACACAAGCCGAGAGUUUUGCAGAUUAAAAUCUUACGUUUUCGGUGGAUUGACAAUGGACCCGUAUUAAAGUAUCCUUUUUUUGGUAACAGUUCUCUCAAACCAGCUGUGAUUAAAGUCACUCCAUCACUUAAUUCUCAUUAAAGAAGUGGUAAGUGAAUUGGAUCAAAUGAAGAAAGUGUAGAACACUAUUGUAAUCCUGUUGUUUCUCACUGUGAGAGAACAAUGCAGAGGAAAAGGAGCAUUACAGAAUGUUAGCCUCUCUUUACUGAUCAGUGUGCAUCUUGUCAGUGUUGGUGUUUUGUUAGCGUCUACUGCAAAGAUAUUGAGAUGACCUUGGAUUGGCCCUUAGUGUUGAAUAUCCUCUUAGGUUUCUCUUGUUGAAACAAUGGAGUCUGAUGGUUGACUGGAUAGUACUGCUUCCCUCUGUAGUUUUCUGUUGGAAUGAGCAAGUACACACAGCAUGUAUGAGAUAGAGAUGGUGUGAUGAUCAGUUUUCAGCAUAUAUAUAUAUAUAGAGGAGCACAGUUAGCUCUGGAUAACAUGACAACAGCCUAACCAGCUAGGGCGAGUAAAAUGGUCAGUUGGGUGUCCUCUCAUUUGUGACUGGAUGUAGCUAGCAAGCAAGCCAAUUUUAGCCAGUUAGCUGUGGACGAUGCUGAAUGGGCAAAGAAGAGCUCUCCAGUAGGUACCAAAACAUUCAAAGGCCAUUUUCUCAGAAGUGAGGUUACAAGUAUCAAGUUAAUGGCCGAGCUGGUCGCCCGGCCAAACUGAGAUAUUGGGGGAGAAGGACCUUUGUCAGGGAGGUGACCAAGAACCCAAUGGUCACUCUGACAAAGCUCCAGAGUUCCUCUGUGGAGAUGGGAGAACCUUCCAGAAGGACAACCAUCUCUACAGCACUUUGCCAAUCAGCACAUGACUUCCCGCUUGGAGUUUGCCAAAAGGCACCUAAAGGACUCUGACCAUGACAAACAAGAUUCUCUGGUCUGAAUAAACCAAGAUUGAAUUCUUUGGCCUGAAUGCCAAGCUUCACAUCUGGAGGAAACCUGGCACCAGCCCUACGGUGAAGCGUGGUGGAAGCAGCAUCGUGCUGUGAGGAUGUUUUUCAACCGCAGAGACUGGGAGACUAGUCAGGAUCGAGGGAAAGAUGAAAAGUACAGAGAUCCUUGAUGAAAACCUGCUUCAGAACGCUCAGGACCUCCGUCUGGGGCGAAGGAUCACCUUCCAACAGGACAACACAGGGAUGGCUUCAGAACAAGUCUCAAUGUCCUUGAGUGGCCCAGCCAGAGCCCAGACUUGAACCCGAUCGAACAUCUCUGGAGAGACCUGAAAUUAGCUUUGCUGCGACGCUCCCCAUCCAACCCGACAGAGAUUGAGAGGAUCUGCAGAUAAGAAUGGGAUAAACUCACCAAAUACAGGUGUGCCAAGCUUGAAGUAUCAUAACCAGGAAGACUCAAGGCUGUAAACACUGCCGAAGGUGCUUCAACAGAGUAAAGGGUCUUAAUGUAUUUAACUAUUUUAUUUUUUUGCAAACAUUUCUAAAGACCCGUUUUUGCUUUGUCAUUAUGGGGUAUUGUGUGUAGAUUACGUAACGCAAAAUGUGGGAAAAAGUCUAGGUAACUGAAUACUUUCCGUGUGUGUGUGUGUGUGAUGUGGUUGCCUACCUUGUUCAGUUAAUAAAGUCAACGCAGUAUUAAGAUGAUCCAUAAUGGGUUAUGCAUAAUAAGCUAAUAGCCUCUGUCUCUUGUGCAAUACUCACCUGUGCUCUGCUGGCCUUUCCUUAAACCCUCCUUAGCUCUUGGACUCACAUUUCUUCCUCUAAUAGAUUAUUGGAAGAGAGAAGCAAGUUUUUUUUUUUUGCUGAAUAUUAAUUACAGCAGCCAAUAGAACUCACGGGUAGUUUGAAAGAGCCAACGCUCAAUGGUGGUAGAAUAUAUAGUAGUUAUUGAUUCACACCCAUAACCAUUCAAUCUUUGUGAAGAGAAAGCCGUCUGCAUCUUAUUGUAGUCGUAUAUUAUCUUAUUGUAGUCGUAUAUUAUCUUAUUGUAGUCCUAUAUUAUCUUAUUGUAGUCCUAUAUUAUUGUAUUGUAGUCCUAUAUUAUUGUAGUCCUAUAUUAUUGUAGUCCUAUAUUAUCAUAUUGUAGUCCUAUAUUAUUGUAGUCCUAUAUUAUUGUAUUGUAGUCCUAUAUUAUUGUAGUCCUAUAUUAUUGUAGUCCUAUAUCAUAUUGUAGUCCUAUAUUAUCAUAUUGUAGUCCUAUAUUAUCAUAUUGUAGACCUAUAUUAUUGUAGUCCUAUAUUAUUGUAGUCCUAUAUUAUUGUAGUCCUAUAUUAUCAUAUUGUAGACCUAUAUUAUUGUAGACCUAUAUUAUUGUAGUCCUAUAUUAUCAUAUUGUAGACCUAUAUUGUAGUCCUAUAUUAUCAUAUUGUAGACCUAUAUUGUAGUCCUAUAUUAUCAUAUUGUAGACCUAUAUUGUAGUCCUAUAUUAUCAUAUUGUAGUCCUAUAUUAUUCAAGCAUGUCAUUACAAUAAUAAAGAUGAGGACAACAGGACUUAUUUAACUGUUGAAAGUCAGGAAGGAAUGAAGCAACCAUAGAAAAAGGAGUUAGACUAAUAACAUUAGGGGAAACAUUAUGAAUCCAUAUGCAUCCGCCUACUAAUUAUACAAAUGUAAAAUAGGCUCUAUUGUAUUUCAAAAUGAUUAUCACAUUUGCUAGCUUAUAAUUGUAACUUUGUAGGCCGCAUGUCCUGCACCAGAUUUGCAUGUUCUCUCCACAGUUCAUGGAAUGAAAGAGGUGAGUAAUUCCAGUCCAGAUAAUACAAUAUAAUACAAACCACACUCAAAGAUUAGCCUACUGGAGCUAGUUUCAUGUAUUUACCCAAAAGAGCAUCGCUGCAUCGAUGGGCUUUUAUGUUUUUCUGUGUGCAAUGUGCGGCAGCCUAUGUAUUGGAUAAUGGCACAAUCAUUUGGGGCCCACUCCAACGACUCUAACCACAGUCCUAUCUCACACACCUCACGCUGCUUUGCACUGAGUCAGGGCCAUAACAAUACCAGGAAGAGGAACAGACUUGGGUCAUCUUAUCAAUUGAGACUGAUUAUCUUAGAGGGGGUGAGUGGUGACUCGGUCCAAAUUUGGAAGGUAUAAUAAUGUACUUGUAUUUGCAUCUGAAGCGUCCAGCGGGUUGAAUAAAUCUGGUUUGUGCUUUUA